UCCAGUUUUCUUUGCUCAUGCAGCUCUCGUAAGUCACAGUGUCCAGUCCAUGCUCUUCGAUUCUUCUGCUGAUCUCUACAAUGCCUUAGCUGCACAAUAACUAAGACCUUUCAGACACUGCAUCGAAGCUUCAAAACCUUCUUUAUUUAUUUAUUUAUUUAUUUUUGGCGUGUGUGUGUGUGUGCGCGCCCUUGUGCAGUGGUUGGACAGUGUAAAUUUCAAGGUGUGUUUAAUGCUUUGUAACCGAUAUAUUGAUAGAGCGGAAUGGUAUCAGAUUUAGAUAAUUGAUGGGCUUUCGUAGGCGUGUAUAUUUCAAUCAGAGUGGAGGGAUCAUCUCGGUUUGGAGUGGUACUCCUUGGUUGUACAUUUGUCGUCAUACACCAUUUUCAGGACUUAGAGGCUCGUGGUGUGGUAUCCGAAUCAUGUAAAUAAUCUCAGAGGGGCGGGGAGGGUGAUGAUAUCCUUUGAGGAAUGAGAUCAACGUAGUUCUUUUAAAUAGAUAUAAAAACAAGCCUGUAUACGGACUUGUUGCGAUCACCAGAAAAUUCAGAAGAUCAAGAUUGGAGAGAUAUUUGCAACCGUUCUCGUAGUUUUGGUGUUGCUCAACACAGGUGGUUUGAAAGUAGCCGAGAGAUUAAAUUUGGUCUCAAGUGGUUCAAAGAUGGCGACCAGUGUCGUAAACAGUUCGGCAGCCACUGCCGUGGCCUUCUCAGUGUGCACAGCAAGAACCUGCGACGUAUGCGCCAACAAGAAUGCGCAAUGGUUUUGCUCAGCAGAUGAUGCGUACUUGUGCACAGCCUGCGACACGCAAGUCCACUCUGCGAAUGCGCUGUCUCGUCGUCACGAACGAAUUCAUCUUCCUGCCCAUGGCAUGCGGACGCAAUCGCACGCCACGGGAUUCCAGGUUCCAGCGGAGGGACAGUGCGGUGCCUACAUCAUGAAGAGGCUACAUCCACAUCCUGAGCAGGUUCUGCCUUCGCGCAAACGGUCGAGGGUAAGCAAGCCUUAUUCUCACCAUCUGAGGAAGCUCACCAGAAUGGUUUCGAAAGAUUUGAUCAAGUCUGAGGACUUAGUUGCGAUCAACGCAGAGGCGAAGCUAUUUGAUUUCCUCAACACAGAUGAAGUCCUGCACGGUGGCAACCAGGAAGUUCCAUCGCUUUCCAUCGUGAUGGGCGCCGACGCUGCAUGCUCCCCCGACAUCGACCUACUAUCUUCUGAUUACAAAUUUCAGGGUAACGAUCAUUCGGCUUCGGCAGACUCGUUUGCGGCGUUCUUCAAGGGAAAAGCAGCUCCCUCGCAGACCCUUUUCGAUGACAGCGACCAGUUUCUCGUUCCCGACGCUUUCAACUUCCGUUUCGACGUCGAAAUAUCCGACCCCAGCACCACCCCAGCGGACGCAAUCAUUGGCCUCUCAAGCGAGGCAUUUUUCCAUUCGGGUGAUAUUCCCGGGCUCGAUGGAUUCGAGAGCUUCGUUCCAGACUUGAGCGUCCCUGGAAAUUUCGGCUUGAACUUAGACCAAGAGCUUCAUAAUGGUGUGCAGGCUCCCUCACAACCAACAGAACCUGCUUCCCUCGGAUGCAAACGCAACUUAGCAGCGCCUGACCACACCACCGCUGGUCCCUUUGCCAAGUUCUUCGCUCAGAAGCCCAAAUCCGAGUCGCAGGAGCUGAUUUCUCAUGACGAGAUCAAGAGAGAAGCUAAGGAGAUGCUCAAGUGCUGCCGUGAGGGAGACGGCGAUGCCCAAAUGGUGCCUACCCUCAAGUUGAACUUGGAAGAUGUCUUGGCUGCAUGGUCUGACAAAGGGGAGCCAUGGAUCUCAUCCGACGAAUCGACCUCCUCAGGUAGUGAUGUUGGCCUGGUCCCGGACAUGCACUUCUCGACGGCCGAUGACAACCAGAGUGGCGGUGGCAGGGAUGCCAAAGUCCUUCGGUACAAGGAGAAGCGGGCAACUCGCCUAUUCUCGAAGAAGAUCCGGUAUGAGGUCAGGAAGGUCAAUGCGGAGCGUCGCCCCCGCAUGAAGGGCAGAUUCGUGAAGAGGACAUCGAGCAACUCAUAGACGCCAUUGUGCAGCUCCGCCCAUCUGCCAGAAUAAACCUGUUUCAUUUUUGUAGUUAAGUUUUCCAAAGGUUCAUCAUCCGGUAGCGUCGUUUUAGCAGUCGCUAGUGAAGCUCGUAGGAUAGCAAGGUGUGAUCUGUCGGGCAGCAAGAGCCGACGCCGAAACAAAUUCGCAGUCUACUUUGGCUUGGUCAGUCAAAAUUUGUUUCAGGUACGUGUCUUUUUGUUGGCUUGUAAAGCUGUAUUCGAAGAUGGAGACUUGGCGUUGUCAUGUAUCAUAGAAAUAUCUCCGGCGCUCGCUGUAAAUCUAAGAUGGCCGUACACGUUUGCGGGGCCUUCGAAUGAAGAUGUUUCGAAGGUGUACGUUAGUCGGAAACCGGACUGGUCGAUUGUUGAGCGUGGGCACUGGAGGGAACCCUUUUUUGCCACCCCUACGGUGAUUCAUUUGGCAAGGCUCGGCACCGCAUUUGUGCGGUUUUUAAAUGAGGGUUGCAUUUUACAGCUUUUUUCAUUAGUUCUCAGUCAUAAGAAGCAUGGCUUCCAACCUUGAGCUUGUGAGAAUCAAUAGAAAUUUUCAUUGGUUUAUUUCCACGUUGAAGACGAAAGGCUACGAUUGUGCCAUUCGUCUUCGGGUUGGAUUAUUUUACCUCUGUUUUCUUUUUUUUCCUUUUUCUCUUAUCUUCCGGUAAUACUAACAAGGCUGUCUUAACUUUUGUGCA